UCUAAAAUAAUAGUUAUUUUGCAUAUUUUUUCAAAGUUGAUUAUUGUCACAACCUCUAAAGUUGUGAAUAUAUAUUUUUAUCCCUUAAGGAGGGAAAUGAAUAAAUGGAAAGAUUAGAGCAAAAACAACGGUAUUAGAAACCGGGGCUAGGAUUUUGGAAGCCAAAACCCUCGCCGUUCUCCCAAAAAAAACCCUCGUCGCCGUGGCCGUAGCCUCCUAGGGUUUAACGGAGGUCGAACUACGCCGCUGGAGCAGACGACGAGCACGAGGUCCUCUUCCUCUUCGUUCGUCUAACAGACGAAAUUUUUGACUCUUCACCAAUAGGUAACAGCCCACUGCCCCGGUUUCCUGCCUAUUCACUCUUUGAACCCUUCAUCAAUCUUAUCUAAUAAGUGCAAAAUAUCUGCCAACAAAUGCAAAUCCGAACGAAUCCCUUGUUCGUAUGUCGUGGCCUGCUUAAUUUCUUCUCUCUGGCUCUGCCAAUUGUAUGUCUUUGCCAUGAUGAUAUUAAUGCCUAGAUUCUGUAAAAUUGCGAGGAAGUUAUCUGAUAUGUUACCUCUCGGUCGCUCAACUUUGCCUGGAGCUCUUCUCGCUCAUAAACCGGGCCCUGCUAAAAACCCGUUUCUGGUUUCUGUGAAAGUCCAAUGCUUUCAAAGUGCUAGCUCUGCUGCUGCUAGAACAGAGGCUCAAGCGGUGCUCUUUGAGUACUUGUAUUCCACCAGGAGCCUCCGCUUCACAGAUGCAGAGUACAUCAGCAAGAACUCGCCUCGUUUCCUUCGGAAAUUGCUCUCAGAGGUGGACGGGGAGAAGGAUGUUGAGCAGUCUUUGACUAAGUUCCUUAUGUACAACCCAAUUAAUGAGUUUGAACCCUUUAUGGAGAGCUUGGGUGUGAAGCCAAGCGAAUACUCUUUGAUUGGCCCACGGAAGUCUGUGUUUUUGGGCGAUGAUAAGGGCUUGCUUGACAACUUCCACGUCCUAGUUGAUUAUGGAGUCCCUCGUCACCAGAUUGGUAAGAUGUUCAGGGAAUCCUUUGAGGUUUUCAUGUAUGGCAAUGGGGUGCUAGCUUCAAAACUCCAGGCUUAUGAGGACUUGGGCCUAAGCAAAAGUGUUGUGAUUAAGCUGGUCAUUUGUUGCCCCUCUCUCCUGAUUGGUGAUGUUGACAAUCACUUUGUUGAAUUACUUGAGAGAUUGCACGGUUUAGGAAUAGGAAUCGAUUGGAUCAGUAGGCACUUGACGCCAAAAGGAUCGUAUAACUGGAGAAGAAUGCUCGAAACAAUAAAUUUUCUAGAACAGUUGGGUUGUAAUGAAGAGCAUCUGCAGAAUUUGUUUGAAGCAGAUCCUACUGUAGUGUUUGAAGGUUCUGGAAAGAAGGUUUAUUUACUUCUCGGGCAGCUGAUCAAAUUGGGUCUCGAAGAAGAAAAGAUUUCUUCUUUGUUCAUAGAAAUCCCUGAGAUAUUGUCAGCCAAGUAUGCGAAGAAUCUCAUGAAAGCCAUCCUUUUCUUGUUUGACAUUGGAAUGGAUGCAGAAAGUUGUGCUGAUGUCGUGUCAACGCAUGUGGAACUUUUGAGCUCAUGCCCCUUGAAGCAGCCAAAAAGUGUUUGCAAGGACUUGAAUAUUGACAAAGACCGUUUACUCCAUAUAAUAAGGGAGGAUCCAGUGAAGUUGUUUAGUUUGGCUGGUAAGUCGAAAUCUUCAGGCAUUAAGCGAGUUGAUACAAGUAAUCAAACAGAGAAGCAAGCAUUCUUGAUCAGAUUGGGAUAUGUCGAGAAUUCCGAUGAAAUGAUGGCAGCAUUGAAGAAGUUUCGAGGCAGAGGGGAUCAGUUGCAGGAGAGGUUCGAUUUCUUGGUCCAAGCUGGCCUGGAUCCAAACCUUGCCACGAGCCUAGUUAAACGAGCUCCAAUGGUGCUUAACCAGACAACCGAAGUACUUGAGAAGAAGAUUGACUGCUUGACAAGCUAUUUGGGUUAUCAUGUUAAUUCAAUGGCAGCAUUCCCAGCGUAUUUAUGCUAUGACGUAGAGAAGAUCAAUAAGAGAUUCAGAAUGUAUGUGUGGUUGAGAAGCAAAGGGGCUGCAAAAGCCGAGCUGUCUUUAAGCACUAUUCUUGCAUGUUCUGAUAAACGAUUUGUGAAGUACUUCGUAGAUGUCCAUCCUGACGGCACAGCCGUGUGGGGAAGUUUAUGUAAUGAUGUAUCUGUUUCAGGCUAAGGCUAGUUUUUGCCCUUGUAAACCAUUAUACGUACCUGUUUUUUCUAACUUCCAGUUCCAAUGACUUGUUAACUACUAAGCAUGGUAAAAACUGUGAAAUUUCAUCUCGGAUUGGCGGGAAUGGUGCCACGGCCUUCCUGUGGCGCAAUCUAUAGAUGCCCUGCGGCAACUUGCACGAUGUCCAAAUUGUUGGAGUGGAGUUCCACUCCAACGGGGAAAAUCAGAAGCGAUUUCUAGAUUCACCUGUCGGCGAAAUGGGUGGCAACCGCUUUCUUGGUACACAUUCCUUUCCAUGUGUUGGAUGGGAUUCAUUUGUUGACGAGAUUAUGGUGUAUCUCGGUAUCUCCUGGUGUUCAUGGCUGAUAUGAGCAACUUUACUAUCUGGUGGAGCUAAGUUCUGCAAACAGUCGGUUUGCUGCUGCGUUCACAAUGGCCAGUUGUUGUCUUCUAUCCUUAGUUAGCAAUUUGUUUCGCAGGUCAGCGAGCAGAUAUUGCCACCUUCGCAGAAUUGGGCACUGCAGGCCCGAACACCCCCACCUACGCCUUGGACGACCAGGUCGUGUGAGUCGUUGCUUGAGAGCACCUUUUUUUUUAAGCUUUGGGUGCAAUAUAUGCAUGCACUAGCGAGCCAGUGACCCUUACUUGGCAGAAAUGCUGACAGCUAAUGAUAUCGCUCGACUUCGUGUGCACUUUCACCUUACAAGGUCAUAAUCGAAGGCGACCGGACAUGGUUUCUGCAGCACAAUUAGCCUUAAUGAACCAGACCCAUCAUU